UUAAAUGAUUUAUUAAACAAUGAAACAAUGACUCUAUUGUGAUCCAGACGAUAUGCUAAAUUUUACAAAAGAAUUAUAGUAGUUGAAAGACUGUUGUCAAAGGUUUACAUUGACAUAAUUUGACUUUGAUAUAAUUUUUGUCAAACGGGUUAAAAAAAUAUGCGGUUCUAAAGUACCUACAACUACAAAAAUAGAGUAUAACUUAAAAACUACAGUUAUACUCUUAAAAUGGCUUGUGCGUGUAUACCGAUUCGUUACUACAUAAUUGCUAUGGUCUUCAUAACGACGUAUAUAAAUUACACUACAAGAAGCAACAUGUCUAUUAGUCUUCCAGCCAUGGUACAGCAGAAAGGUAAAAAGGCUUCUAUUCCAGAAUGCAAAAAGGACGAUCCAGCUUCUUACAACAAAUCAGUAUCUGAUACAGGAACAAAAUACGACUGGAACGAAAACGUGCAAGGUCUAGUACUCGGGGCGUACUUCUAUGGAUAUUUGAUAGGAAAUAUACCUGCAGGAGUCAUGUCAGAAUGGAUAGGACCGUUUAAAACGCUGUUUGCCGCAACCCUGCUAGCCGGAAUAUUCAACAGCGUGUGCGUGUGGGUCACUCCGAUCCAUUGGGGAGCAUUGUUUUUCGCCAGAUUUAUAGUUGGAGCUACAGGGGGACUGGUAUAUCCCGCCUUGCAGUGCCUAAUAGGAAGAUGGGCUCCUCCUCAGGAAAGAGGCAAGUUCGUGAGCGGCCUGAUGGGCAAUACCCUAGGAACUUGCCUGACUUGGAUCGUAGUUGGCGCCGUAACAAAAUCCUAUAAAUGGCCUUUCGGUUUCCACAUAUUGAGCAUACAAAUCAUCUUCUAUCUCGUGAUUUUUACGAUAUUUACCGCCGACAGUCCCGAGCAACAUAAGUGGAUAAGUGAUGAGGAACUUAAGUUCAUUAAAGAGUCUCAAGAAGGAAGAGUUUCAAAAACAAAGGCUGUAGCACCGUACAAAGCAAUAUUCACUUCUUUCCCAUUUUGGACUCUAACCAUACUGCAUUUUGGCAAUCUAUGGGGACUCUACGUUCAAAUAACGGCAGUUCCGAAAUUCAUGAAAGAAAUAAUCGGAUUUGAUAUAAAACAAUCUGGAUUCCUAAGUUCUUUACCGCAUUUAUGCCGAUUAUUUUUGGGCUUGGGCUAUGGAGCUCUGGGCGACUGGCUGAAGAAGGAAAAGUUCAGUAGAACUCUAGUAUUGAAAUCAUUUGUUUUACUAUCUCACAUAGUACCAGGAGUUCUAAUGGCUUCCAUGGGUUUGGUAGGAUGCAAUGCCACUGCUGCCACGACCCUGCUGAUACUCAGCAUGUCCAUCAAUGGUGCAGCAGUACUGACUAAUUUAUCGAACCCAACCGAUUUGGCACCCAAUUUUGCCGGUACCAUAUUCAGCAUUAUCAGUUUUAUUGGAGGUGUCACUGGAUUCAUUGUACCAUCGAUAACUGGAGUAUUCAUAAACAUAUAUGGGUCAACCACAAAGGCCUGGGCCCUGAAUUUCGCACUAGGUGGAAUCAUUUAUUGCGGUUGUGGAAUAUUUUUUAUGAUUUUUGGAUCUGCCCAAACUCAACCAUGGAACGAGAAAAAAGAAGAUGCUGAACCGCAGACAUCGGCUAAAUAAAUCACUUCCAUAUAUACAUAUAAUUAUAUUAAACAGAAAAUUAAUAAAUCUGUAUAUAAAUUUGUAGUACAAAA